UAGAACAUCGCCAUGAUAUUAAAGUGUUAACUUCCUUCACAAGAGCAGUUUCCACGUUGACUCCUGGAUUCAUUGUAUCGACUAAGGCACAGCAGAAUGGUAACUUUAAAGAACUGAAAAUAGUGAAAGGCAUUCAGAACGACGUGACGAACUUUUGCACAUCAAAAUGAAGAGGGGCGUUACUGGUAGGCCUGCCAGCAGCAUCACGGAUUCAGAGUGUACAGUAGUGGUUUUACAAGGUGUUUUGGACAAAGUCAGCAAAAUUGGCUUUAAUUCAAGGAAGUUAUGCGUUCUCACCAAAUCAGAAUUCUUUUAUUACUCAGACCAUAAGGCUCGUGGAUCUGUGAAGCAUGUUUCCCUCCAAGACGUUCAAGCGGUAAAGAGAGAUCACUCUAGUAAAGGAUUUCAGUUCGAGAUCAUUACACAUCACAAAACUGAAACCUUCGCUGCAGAUUCUCUUGAAAUAUGUCAGCAAUGGUUAAAGGCUAUACAGUCUACCUUACUGACCAACAGACGAAUUAGUGUCUCAUCAGCGAACUCAGGAGGCAUGGAAUCAACCAGGUCGCCAGUCGCCAAAUAUGGUGGUCACCCUUAUGAAGAAGUGGACAUUGAUGAUGAGGGCCCAAAGAUUGCCUCUGGAAAGAACAGUUCCCAACCUGAUAUGCCAACAUUCAAAUUACAUGCAUAUGAGACAGUAGACUUAGAUGAUGAGGAUAAACCCAAGAUAGAUAAUCCCAAGGAGGAUAAACCUAACAUAGAUAAUCCUAAGGAGGAUAAACCCAAGAUAGAUAAACCCAAGGAGGAUAAACCCAAGAUAAAGCCAGCUACAAGAGGUGUUUGUAGUACAGUUGAUGCUUUAGGAGGGCCACCUGACACUGUCUUAUCACAGGGAAACCCAUCCACUCAGCCAAAGUCCUCGGAGAAACACAACCUGGCUCCAAUUAGUUCUGAUUCACAUAAACCAGCAAGAGGCAUGGAAUCAACCAGGUCGCCAGUCGCCAAAUAUGGUGGUCACCCUAAUGAAGAAGUGGACAUUGAUGAUGAGGGCCCAAAGAUUGCCUCUGGAAAGAACAGUUCCCAACCUGAUAUGCCAACAUUCAAAUUACAUGCAUAUGAGACAGUAGACUUAGAUGAUGAGGAUAAACCCAAGAUAGAUAAUCCCAAGGAGGAUGAACCUAACAUAGAUAAUCCUAAGGAGGAUAAACCCAAGAUAGAUAAGCCCAAGGAGGAUAAACCCAAGAUAAAGCCAGCUACAAGAGGUGUUUGUAGUACAGUUGAUGCUUUAGGAGGGCCACCUGACACCGUCUUAUCACAGGGAAACCCAUCCACUCAGCCAAAGUCCUCGGAGAAACACAACCUGGCUCCAAUUAGUUCUGAUUCACAUAAACCAGCAAGACUAAAGACUCCACCACCUCUCCUUCCGAAACCAAGUCUAAUUCCUAAAUCACCCGGCCAUGAGAACAGACCUAUCCCAGCCCCUCGCAAUAGGGGAGUGUGUAUGACUGUAGACACCCUGAGGGGACCCCCAGGCACCACUCCAGGUAACAUGUCGCCCACUGAAUCUCAACCAGAAGAGCCUCCGUUAUACUCGGAGGUUAUGCCAAAAAGGUCAGAUCUGUACACUGAAUGUAAGAAGCUAAAAGAGGAACAAGGAGAAAGAAGACAGGAGGGUGAGAAGGGUAAGCCUGCAGGGUCAGCUGAUGGUAAUGUGGGGAAUUCCGGCUAUAGCGAGGCCUACGUAAGUGUUGAUCAGCCCAUUGAGGGGCUCUACUCACAGGUGUCAAAGGUCAAGACAAGGAAAGAGGAGAUAACUCAAUCUGGUAUUUAUUCAUUAGCGAAGGAUAUCUGCGCAGAUGUGUUGCCAGCAUCAGCGUCAAGGCCACCUGCGUCAACACCACCUACAUCAAACACAUCUGUGUCAACACCACCUACGUCAAGGCCACCUGUGUCAACACCACCUACAUCAAACACAUCUGUGUCAACACCACCUACGUCAACGACACCUGUGUCAACACCACCUCUGUCUACAACAGCUUUGCCAACACCAGCUACGCCAACUAAAGUGGUUUCAACGACGCCAGCACCAAGCCCACUUUCGGCAAACGUGCGGACAUCAACACCAGCUGUGUUAACUGCACAGCCUGAAGAGAUUUACAAUGAUGCAAUGAGCUGUCAGUCUUCUGAGCAGCAAGCCAAUCCUGGCUCAGUUCCUCAGGCUGCCGAUGACACUGAUGAACUAACAAUGAAUUCUGCCAACAGCAACACGCUCAAAGAUGUCAAUUCCAAUGCCAUCCCAAUUGCAUCGCUAUGCUAUGGUCCUAUGACCCGCCAUGAUGCCAUCAACAAACUGGAUCAGUUUCUCUCUGCGCGUGGAAAAGUGUAAAAUCAUUCCACAACGUAAGAUGGCAAGCACCUAACUGCAAACAAUAUGAAACAACAUGUGUGAAAAGCAAACAGAGAUCUUUCAUAACAUGAAAUUUUUAUUCUGCUAAGAUGAUUUUAUUUCUUCACGUUUUUUUGGAGACACAUAUACAUUGGGAUAUUUCAGAAUGACAUUUUUAUAAUUAUUGGCAUCGUCAGAUGUUUUUUAUUGUGAGUGGCCACAAAACAGAAAUGUCACUUGGCAAAGGAAUAUGGAUCUACACAAGACUGUGAUGAAGAAAAUCCACCUUGUUGACCAUCGAUGUAUAUUGUACAUAACCAUGGCAUAGACCUUGCUCUUCUUGACUUCAAAAUCUGUCAUGUAUCAUCUUGUUUUUUAAUUUUUGAGGGAAUGUUAAGAUAAGUAUUGUUGGUAUGUGUUGUUUGUGUGUUUUCUGUGGAAUACUCGUUGUUUUAACUUGAAUACUUGUUUUUCUUUUCGAAUGUCUUUUUACUUGUAAACUAAGUGAAGUAUGCUUUAGUGCAGAUUUAAACCCCAAUUAAAUAGAUAAAUAAGCAGAUUAGAAUUAAUCUUCGCAGUGAGCAGCGAAGACUGUUGUAAAGUGAAAGGAUUUUUUUGCGGCUUGCAAAUUCUUUCAGAUUUUUUUACCUGUGGUCAAUUUUUCUUAAAACGAAUGAAGGCUUUUAUGAUGGUUUCUUUAUGCCGUUGAAUGGGUUGUAUGCACAUUUAGUUACUUGUUCAAGAUUUGCAAUACUAAGUAGUGUCGGUUAUAACCUUACUAACCAAUUUAAUGACAUUACGAGAAAUUGACUGACAGUGGAAAAAAUACUUUUCAUCUCAGAAUAUCCAUCUCAUUAGUUAGUUUCAUGUUAGUAGUAUUUAGUACUUUAUGCAAAAAUGCAUUCAUCAAGUGUAAUAAUUAGUGUAUGACUCUAGUGUAACACUUAUGCAUUAAAACGUGAAUAAAUGAAUGUAAAAUACAUACUAGUCUUGCUGAGACUGACAGUAAGUCAUUACUGUUCACAGCUGUUCUAUAUUGUAUAUACAAGUAUGUACAAUAAGAUUUUUAUUUUCAAAUUCUUGGUGAAAUAUAAUAGGCAUUAAUAUUGAUCUGACCAAUAUGAAUUAUGGGUAUUUGAUUAUUAAUUAUACAUAUUUAAUUACUUCUGUAUGUUUUUGUAUUAUCUCAGUAUUUUACAUCAAUAUAUAUGCAGGUGUAGAUUUAAAGCUAUUUUAAACAUUUGAUCAUGGUAUCAUGUUGUUACUUUGUAUUUUUCAAUUAAAACAGAUGACCA